AUGGAGAACGGCACAGAGGGCAAGAACUUCUACAUCCCCAUGAGCAACAGGACGGGGCUGGUUAGGAGUCCAUAUGAAUAUACACAAUAUUAUUUGGCGGAUCCAUAGCAGUUCAAGUUACUGGCUCUCUACAUGUUCUUCCUGAUCUGCACUGGCUUCCCCAUCAACGCUCUCACUCUGCUGGUCACAGCCCAGAACAAGAAGCUACGACAACCUCUCAACUUCAUCCUGGUCAACCUGGCUGUGGCCGGACUCAUCAUGGUGUGCUUUGGAUUCACUGUCGCAUUUUAUUCUUCUCUAAUGGGCUAUUUCUCCUUGGGACCAGUGGGCUGUGCAAUUGAAGGAUUCAUGGCAACACUUAGAGGUCAAGUGUCUCUGUGGUCCCUUGUGGUUCUAGCGAUUGAGAGAUAUAUUGUUGUCUGUAAACCCAUGGGAAGCUUCAAAUUUACAUCCACCCACGCUGCAACAGGUUGUGCCUUCACCUGGAUCAUGGCUGCCUCCUGCGCUAUUCCUCCUCUGGUUGGCUGGUCAAGGUACAUCCCUGAGGGUAUUCAGGUCUCCUGUGGACCAGACUACUACACUAUGGCUCCAGGCUACAACAAUGAGUCAUUCGUCUUGUACAUGUUCACCUGCCACUUCUGUGUCCCUUUUGUACUUUUCUUUUGCCAUUUUCUCAAAGGUAUCGGGGAGUUCUGUGCCUCGGACGAAAGGGGAGAGUCAAAAUGA